GAUAAUCAUUCAUCCCUCAUGACUCAUCUGCUGCUGCUCAGCAAUUUCAACAGGACACCAUGAUGCUGAGGGUCUGUAAUUUUGCACAAAAUUCCAGCAAUGAUGAUGACCUUCUAGGGGCUGGCACAUUCAUUACUCACCAAUUAUACCACGUUUAAAUAUCCGUACGUGAUAAAUAUAGCAAUCCUCCUCAUCUCUGCUGUAUAAGAAACAUGGCAGAUGAACCUUCGUCAGCAGUAAAGGGGGAAGGGCCCGGUUCAACUGGAGAGGAUGAGAAACUUGGGACUGAAGGUGACGAGGGAGACCCUGCGCCCCAGGAUGAGGAAAAAGAGAAACAGGACCUCAAGUACCCUCGGCAUGUCUUCUUGAUUCUCGCGUACGACAUCAUGAGUGCUUUGUCGGGCUGGACCUUGAACACUGUUUUCAAGACCUACUUGGUGACAGAGCUGAAGAUGGAGCCAAAGUUGACGAGUCAACUCCUGACAGUCUAUUCGUUUUGUGGCAUCUUCCUAGCCCUGGCCUGGGGAGGGAGGACUGUGCUGGCUGUGAGUGCGGCCGGAAGGACGAGCAACAUGAACGCGUUUGCCGGAGACCAGUUCAAGUCGCCGGAACAGGACCAGGAGAAGGAGCGGUUCUUCUACUGGAUGUACACCAUCUUCAACUUGGGCGCCUUCAUUGCCAACGUGACGGCGCCGCUGCUGAGGGACCUGCCCUGCUUCGGCAAGAACGACUGCUACCCGCUGGCCCUGGGAGUGGCGGCAAUUUUCGGCGUCUUCGGAAUCAAGAACAAGUGGACAAAGCCCGCAGUGCCAGAGUACACCCAUUGGCUGCACUAUGCCCAACUCAGUGGCUACACCUACGAAUUCACAGAGCACACCAGGCACUUUCUAGGAACACUGCUGCUUCUGGCCCCUUAUCCAGUCUACUGGUCUCUCUAUGAUCUGUCAUCAAGCAGACUGCAGGACCUGGGCUAUGUCAUGAAUGGAACUCUUCCGUACACCGACUACACGUUGAAGGCUGAUCAGCUCUACUUUGUGAACCCUGUUUUGAUCUGGCUCCUGGUGCCCAUUUGCAUCUAUUUCGUGUUCCCAUUCUGCCACAAAAUUGGCAUCCUCACUACUCUCCUGCAGAAACUAGUGGCCGGCUUCUGGGUCAUGGUGGCAUGUCUUGUUGCUUGCGUUGCUAUUGUCUACAUGGUUGACUCCUCCAUGCCGCCGAGUGCGGGCAGGAGUGACUUCCUGGUGCAGCUGGUGAAUGGCCUGGACGACCCGGGCGCCUCGGCCACCGUGUUCCUCCAUCAGAGCGGGCCCGGCGGUGGCCCUGGCCAGAUGCGGACCAUCCCGCCGGGCGGCACCGGGGUCUGGAACCUGCUGGAGCCCGGCAAGUCCUACUCCUUCUCCAGCGACGUGGCUGGGUCCCAGGUCCUGGGCUCCGUGCCGGCCGGGGAACCUGGCCUGGGCUACACGGGCCUCGUCACGGGCUCUGCAGCUGCACCCGCCAUCCGCAUGUUCCCCGGGCCCGACGAGUUCGUGGGCAGGACGGUGACCAACAGGCCCGCGGUUCGGGCCAUUGUCCUGUCCCCGGGGGCCGGACGAGUCCUCGAGUUGUUUCCGGCCGACGAGGGCCCGUCUGCCCCCGCCCAAGCCAAGAUUGACCUGCCGUCUGCUGCACCUGGCCCGUCGCCCUACUUGGACAAGCCCGACGUCAAAACGUAUGAUAUCAAAGUGGACGGGAAACUCACUCAGACGACAAGAUUUGCUUCCGGAGGAGUCUAUUCCAUCAUGGUUUCCGGGUCAGCUGGGGCCCCAAAGACCAGUGUUGUUGUUCAAGCAUCUCCAGCUGAUGUCCACCUGCUGUGGAUCCUACUGAUCAUAUUUUUGGCAACUGCUUCUGAAGUUCUGGCUUCACCAACAAGCGUCGCCUUCUUCUAUUCCGAAUCGCUGGAUGACAUGAAGUCUGUCGCACAAGCUUGCUACAACGGUUCCACGUCAUUGUUUGGACCAGCGAUGGUCCUCAUUCAAGAAAUUGACCUCUUGAUGUGGCACGAGUUUGUCGUGUACCUCGUGGGCAUCGUGCUGUCCACCCUGCUGAUGAUGUUCAUCGCGUCCCGGUACCGGAGCAGGGAGGACAUGGAGAAGCACCUGCAGGACGAGGCCGACGACAAGAAUAACAAGGACAAUAUGAAGACGAGGGGCUCAUCUGGCCUGUCCACGACCCCGCUGCCGACUGCCGACUCGGACACGCUGGACCACUCGACCAGGAAGUCCGUGGCCGCCAUUGCGGGCAUCAAGCAGAACACGAGCAGGAUCACACCGCAGACUUGAAUUAUAUAUACACGCUGCAUUUUCAUCUUUAUUUACUAUAUAUAUGUAUAUAUGGUUCAUCGUCGUCAUCCCCAU